AUGGACAAAGAAGAAGAUAAAAGGUCACCCAGGCCUUCUACACCAAUUCCACCGACUCAGGGAUAUUAUGGUUCGGGGAGUACUUACUACCCGCCAUUUAUAAUGCGUCCAAAUGCAUUUCCUAAUAAAUACACAUAUACAUGGGGUAGCCAGGCACCACCAAUCCCACCUUUUCCAGCAACGUUCAUUUACCCUUCGUCGACUAGUGCGCAGGAGUCAGACCGUAUGCAACAAACGACCCAGUCUCUACCAAUGCCACAUUUUCCAACGAUGUUCAUCUAUCAUCCAUCUAAUAAUGCAGAAGAGUCGGGCCGUGUUCCACCAACGAGCCAGACCCCACCAAUGCCACCUCCUCCAAUGGUAUUCAUCUACCCUCUCUCGACAAAUGCGGAAGAGGCAGGCGUUGUUCAACAAACGAACCAGUCCCCACCAAUGCCACCUCUUCCAACUCCAUUCAUCUACCCUCCGUCGAUGACCGCAAAGAAGUCGAGCCAUUUUCAAGUAGCCAACCAGCCUCCACCAAUAACACGACCUCCAUCGAGUGAUGGAGAGGAGCUGAGAAGCUUUGAAAAUUCUUCAACUACUCCAUCGACUAAUGUGACUGAUGCGACAUUUAUAAGCGAAAAUGAAACUACUGUUGGAGGUACAUCUCUAUUUUCUGAAAAGAAUGAAGAAUCUGAGGAUAUAAAUGAAGAAAAUUCUGAUAACCAAUGA